ACAUGGCUGCCGCACAAGAUUCCAGAAGUCAACUCUUUUUGUCUAAGGAAACUCGACUGAUUCUCGUUGGCAAAACAGGAUCAGGUAAAAGUUCCACCGGGAAUACUAUCAUCGGACAACCAACUUUCGAAGUAGGGUGUUCAGCCUCUUCGGUAACAAAAUCAUGCCAACACGCCAUGUUUGAGAGAUUCGGGAGGGAUAUUUUACUGCUUGAUACUCCUGGUUUCUUUGAUACUGGAGCAAGUCAGAGAAGUAUUGAAAAAGAACUAAAGAAGAGUGUCAUCCUCACCUCUCCUGGAGUGCACGCCAUUCUGUUUGUGAUUGGUGUGGGAAGGUUCACUGAAGAAGAAGUAACCUCUGUGGAAAGAUUUCUGACGUUUUUUGGCUCUGAAUCAAAGCGUCAUGUGAUCGUCAUAUUCACCAGGAAAGAUGAGCUUGAGAAGUCUGGGAAGAGUCUGAAAAACUUCAUCGACUCCAACAAGAAGCUGAAGACUUUCAUCAAUGAAUCUGGUGGGAAUUACGUUGCAGUUAACAACGACUCGACUGAGGACAAUGAAGAGUUUGUGCAGGAGUUACUUGAGCUGGUAGACACACUUGUAAGGCAGAAUGGAGGUCACUUCACAAAUAAGAUGUAUCAGGAAGCUGAGAGUCAAAUGAAGAAGAUUGAGGGGAUAGAGCUGGAGAAAAUGAUGGCCAAAAAAACAAACAUCUGAUCAGAAGAUUAUUGAUGAUGGUGUUCGGGAAUACAGUCAGACACUUUAUGGCUACUCCGAGUCUCAAA